AUGGUGACGAAUCAGGCUCUGAAUACGAAACCUCAGAAGAUAGCAGGUUGUUUAGAGAGAAAUAGGAGACUAAGGCAGUUAGGUGAACCAGUGAAACUAUUCGGUGAAAGAGAAAAGGAGAGGAGAGAUAGGUUGAGGAUGAUAAUGGCGAAGUUAGAUUCAGAAGGCCAGUUGGAAACACCGAUGAAGAUUUUGGAGGAAGAAGAAGUAGUUGUGAAUGCAGCAGGAAUGGAUGAUGGAGGUCGAAGGAGAGGCGUUUCAAUAUCCAUUUUAUACAGAAGGGUUUAG